AGUUGUCUACCCGGUCCUCACCGUUGUUACUUUGAAUAGCUUGAUUAUUGUUGCCGAUUUAGUUCUACAGCACCAAAAAUAUUUUGCUCCUACAGAUUCCGAAUAAACACGUAUUCUGAAUGGCUUCUUGAAGUGAAUCAUGAGCGAAAAACACAAGGAUCGGGAAGAUAUACAAUCAUUCUUUUGAAGAUCGGCUGCCGAUCGACUGAUAUUGCCGUCGAUAUUUAUUCGAUAAAAUUCACCAGCUCCAUAACAAUAAUGUCUGCUAAAGUUGUAUCGAAUGGCAAUGGGCAGCGACCUACUGAGGACGCCGGGACCAUGGAGAAAGUGAUCCUAACGCCCAUCGCCAAAGGCGACGACUGGACCAUCCUCCAGCUGGAGCGGAAGCGCAUCGAACCGCAGAAUCUGGAAGGGGCUUUUGUCGCGGGGGGCACACACAAAGGCCUGGUUGUCAAUCGGCAGUUGUCCAAUGCUGCUGAUUAUGGCGAUCACUUGCCGUGCCAGGUUCAGCUGGACUUCAAUGUCUUUCUCGUGGAUCAGAAGACCAGUAAGCAUUCGAUGGAGAAGCGUCUUCUCCGGUUCUGGUUCAAGCCGGAAGUGGAUCCGGAGCGACAGAUGUGGCUAGCUCAAGAGUAUUUCAAAGAGCUGGUCAAUCCGGAGACCUUCCCACGGGACUAUGUGGGCUUCAUUACCCGGUUGAUGAAACUAAUGCAGAAAACCUAUACGACCAUCUCGUGUCUGAAGAUCCAUCUAAAACAAUUGCCGCCGCCAUCUGUGCCACCGAAGCCGCCGAGUUGGCCUGGCGCGGAAACCGAUAGCAAUCGCAUUGAGAUUCUGACGGAAGAGUCGUUGUUGGAAAUGAUUGAGCGUGCCUUCCCUAACGGUCUCGCUUUCAAAGAUAUAGCCAAGUGCACUCUGAGCAGUGAAUCGGACAUACACGAGUUGUUGAUGGUUCUCGCUCAGAAAGGCCUCAUUAAGCAGCUGGACAAUGGUACAUGGAUUCGUUGGUCAGCGCCUAGAGAGGCGGAAUCUUCCUUGGGACAGGAAGCCCAGACUACCUUUACCAUUACCAAACAUAUGCCCAGUCUGCAGCCAUGGGAACAACCUACCAUUGCGGUGAUUACAGCGCUGUUCUGCGAAAAGCUGGCAGUGGAUGCCAUGAUGGACAACAAGGAGACCUUUGUGCGCUACCAAACCCAGGGGGAGGGCACCGUGUAUACGCUGGGAAACAUCGGCCCCCAUCGGAUUGUGUCCACAAAACUGCCGGCUGUCGGGCAUGACCGGGCGGCAAUAAUUGCUGCUGGAAAUACCACUACACGGCUGCUGGGAAUUUUCCAGCGCGUAGAAUAUGUCUUCGUCGUGGGUGUUGGCGGUGCGGUGCCGCAUUUUACUUCCUAUCAGAAGCAUGUCCGAUUAGGUGACGUGGUCGCCAGUGCGCCUUCGGGAGCGGAGAGUAAGCAUCCCUAUAUAUAUGUCUUCUGCGAUGAAGCUAAGAAGGACCCCAAAGCUGGCACAGUGACAUACGCCACAAAGUCUUGGCGACCGCCUCAACAGGAUCUCCAGAUGCUAGCACAGCAACUACGCGGCAUACACGAAGCUGAUCCCACGUUCCAUCCUUGGAUGGAAUUUAUUAAUGAAGGUACGGAACGAUUACGGCUGCAGAAUCAGGAAAUGAAUUUCGCUCGACCACCUUCCGAAACCGAUAAACUGUAUAUGGGCAUUGGUGAGACGGAUGUGAUCCAGGUGUCACAUCCGCAGCCUAUCCGGGCGACCUCGGUGGACGAUGGCGAGCAAGAAGUGGACGAUAUGGGCAGCAACAAAGAUACCGGCCCUCGUGUACAUUUAGGCCCUAUUGGUGGUGGACGAGCCGUGGUCAAGGACCAGAUUCUCCGCCAGGAUUUCGCAACCCACUAUGGCUGCCUGGCAUUCGAUUACGAAUUUGAUCCAGUGUUGGAAUCGAUAUUCGGUAACCGUAAGGAUCAUUACAUGUGCAUUCGAGGGAUGUCCGACUACCGGGACGGUAUGCGGAAUAAGGAGUGGCAGCCGUAUGCUUCGCUGACGGCGGCAGCCUUCAUGAAAGCUGUAAUUAUGAGCAUGCAGGUGCACGAGCCUGAGCCGUCUAGUCCCCCUCCGGCCUACAGCUACAGUCCCCAGUCCACCACCCAGCGCAACCACCACAACGGCCACAAUCCCCACCAGUACGCGCACGCGCCCCCCGUGCAAGUGCUGCCGCAUUCCGCGUCGCCCCUCCAAAUGCCGCGGGUGCACCAUGCCGUCGCCCCGCCCCCCGGGGAGUACAUUCGCGCUGGUCACUACGUGCCGGAUUACAACGGCAAACCGCCCCGCGGACCCUCCACCCCGCCGCAACAAGCGCGCCAAAGUUUUGUCUAAAUAACGAGAAGUAUAAGUUUUUUGUAUUCUGUUUUGGUUUUAUUUGUUUUCUCUUCCGGACGGGACCGAAUGCGCGGGACAUAGUAGCGGUUUAGUUUUAUUGAGUCGCCAGUGGUUGCGGCCAGUUUUUAGCCUUUUAGCAAUGUUUUUGUUGCACACUGAAAUAUAAGAUUUCCUUCUCUUUAAGUGCAGUGCAAGGUGUCGAUGGCAGAGAUACCAAGCUCGUUAUAGAUUUCUUGUUUUUUCUGCUUGGAAUCGAAUUGGAAGCGGCAGCUGGUGGAUUUUAUGUUUGCACUGCAUUUUGGCUGCGGUUGAUGUUUUAGUGGUAUUCCUUUUAGCUUUUAGUCUGUGUGGUUGUAUGAUUUUACGGAAUGCUAACAGGUUCAGAUAACUAAUUGUAACCAAUGCGUGAAUUUUGGAAUAAAUUAUGAUUGCUGA